GGCAAAACAUGUGAUACUUCAGUGCCAUUGUCUUCUGCUGGUGCCCAUAAAUUCCUAUUCAACACAUAUCAGCAGUGCUGAAUGAGUUGCCAUUGCCUAUAUAAGCAUAUUCAAAGAGGUAUCUACCACCACAGCUCUCAACAAACUUCAAAGUAUUCAAAGCUUCCUCUGCUUUGAGUUCUUUAGUAAUUCUUUGCUUUUCUCAACUGUAACUAAAAGAUCAUGGCUAUUCUUCGUAUGAUCAAGAUGUCUUCCACAACUAGAGAUGUUCCCAAGGGUCACUUUGCUGUGUAUGUUGGGGAGAAUCAGAAGAAGAGAUUUGUGAUCCCAAUAUCAUUCUUGAGCAAACCUUCAUUUCAAGAUUUUCUUAGUCAAGCUGAGGAAGAAUUUGUCUUCAACCAUCCAAUGGGUGGUGUGACUAUUCCCCGUAGUGAGGAUUUGUUCAAUGAUCUCACAUCUCGCUUGAGGAAGUGAGAAGGAAACCAGUCCCCAUUUUUUGCUUACACAAUUUUGUAGAGUUGUAAAUCAGGAUCUCCACUGUGUAAAGUUCAGAGUUAGAAGAAACACUAGGUAGACUUGGGACACAUUUUUUGCUACUUCAAUAGAAAUUGAAGUAAUGAACCAUUUUA